GAGUAUUUCUUAUCCUACACCCACACCCCCAUCUCCCCCUAUACUUCCCCAUUUUGAGGGAAGAGGUUAAUAAUAACCUCUUUCCCCUUCUUUAGCAAGCAUACAAUUGUUAAAAAAACAAUCUUUUUCAACCAAUGUACAUUCUUUUCUUGAUAAAAAUACUAUUUUGAUUAUAUUAGCAUAAGGAGUUCUUCUGGAUAUUUGCCUGAUCUGUCUGAUUUUUUGGGGGUUAAUCUUUCUGAUUAUAGAACAAACAAUUUGCAAUUUCUUGAUUGGGAUUCUGAUUAUUGAUUCUUUAUCUUCAGAUCUGGGGGCCUGUAAAGAUAUUUACAGCAGAGAAAAGGAUCUUACUUUAUAGACAUUGGUGUAUAAUUUAUUAAGAUUAAAGGUGGGUUCUUGAGAGGUUCUCAAGAAUGGCUUUGAAGUUAUUAAAAUAACAAAGUGGGUGGAUAUCAUCAAUGCGGUUUAAUCUGGAUAGUUUGGAUGGAUGUGUAUGAAUCAGAGAUAGCAUUAAAGAAGAUUUCAACAGAGGAGGCAAAAAGAGCUCCAUUGAUUCAGGCUGAGAAGAACCAUGGAAAUACUCGCAGGCCAAGAACAAGAGAAGUUAGUUCUAGGUACAGGUCACCUACUCCAUCAGCUUCCUCUGGCCCUAGACGUUGUUCUUCUCCAAAUGUCACGAGAAUUGGAACUACUGCAUCAACACUUUCAUUACCUAAGAGAGCUAUAUCGGCUGAAAGGAGACGGCCAACGACUCCUUUAUCACCUACCAGUCCAUCACCAUCAACACCUGUACAGGAUACAUCUGCAGAAGAAUUGUUGUCCAGAAAGAUGACAGGCAAUAGGUUGGCAGAAUCUUUAUGGCCCUCAACAAUGAGGAGUCUGAGUGUUUCUUUUCAGUCUGAUUCAUUUUCCUUACCUGUUAGUAAGAGAGAAAAACCUGCUCCUCAUGCUCUAUGUGAUCGUACUUUGAGACCAUCAUCAAAUGUAGUGCAGAGACAGGAGACACCUCCGGGUUCUCGAAAGGCCACGCCUGAGAGAAGGAGGAGUCCAUUGAAGGGAAAGAAUUCUUCUGAUCAAGCAGAGAAUUCUAGACCAGUUGAUAGUUUAAAUGCUCGAUUAGUCGAUCAGCAUCGAUGGCCAAGUAGAACGAAUAAGAAGGUACCUUCUGGUAUUAUGAACAGAAGUAUUGAUCUGAGUGAUAAGAAUAGCAAAAUUGCGCCAAAUACUCGUCCAGUCACGCCUACCUUGAGGAGAUUAUCAUUGGAUGGUUACAGCAGACCAUUGCAAAAAUCUGCGAGUGAAUUGCUGUCAUUAAUAUCAGUAGAUGAUAAUUCACUUUCAAUGCAGAAGUCCAGACCUUCGACUUCAUUGGAUAGAACAGUAUCGACAAAUCCAGUAGCUAGAUCUCAGACUGUAUCAGCUCCUGGAUCACGUCUUCCAUCACCAAAUAAAGCAUCUGUUCUAUCAUCAUCUGCAUCUAGAGGGGUCAGUCCAUCUCGAACAAAAUCGGUCCCAAGUACGCCAUCUAGAGGGCCAAGUCCAUCUCGGAUAAGGCCAUCUAGUCCAUCUAAGCAACAACCCAAAACUGCUACUUCUGUCCUCAGCUUUAUUGCAGAUAUCAAAAAGGGGAAGAAGGCAGCUAACCACAUAGAAGAUGUUCAUCAGCUGAGGCUUUUGUAUAAUAGACAUCUCCAAUGGCGGUAUGCUAAUGCCAGGUCAGAUGCAGCAUUGCACACGCAGAAAGCUAAAACUGAGAAAACAUUGUACAAUGUAUGGAGAAAUACCUCAGACCUAUGGACUUCUGUUAUUAAAAAGAGAAUUGCGCUACAACAGGUUAAGCUGAGGUUGAAGCUUUUUGCAGUUCUAAAUGAACAGCUUACCUACCUUGAUGAGUGGGCUUCAAUUGAAGGGGAUCAUACCAGUUCAUUAUCCCAUGCUAUACAAGACCUACAAGCAUGCACUCUCCGUCUUCCAAUAACUGGACAAGCUAAGGGUGACAUUGAAAGUGUUAAGGAAGCUGUUUGCUCAGCUGUUGAUGUAAUGCAGGCAAUGGGAUCUUCCAUGCGUUUUAUAUUGUCUAGGGUGGAAGGGAUGAACUGCCUGGUUUCUGAACUUGCCGAUGUGGCAGCUCAAGAGCGAGCCAUGCUGGAUGAAUGUGAAGCCUUGUUGGCUUCAACAGCAGCUAUGCAGGUAGAAGAAUAUAGCAUUAGGUCUCAUCUAAUACAGUUGAAACAAGCUUGGAGAAAUGAUGAGCAGCUGAUACUUGGAAAUUAGUUAGUUUUACCAAAUGGCCCUUAGCUAGUGUGUAUAGUAAAAUAGGUUUUUCCUUUUCAUUCUUUUUUUUUUCAUUAUUCUAAUUUAUCAUGAGAAAGUUGAAUUGUUUCAUUCUUUUUCUUCAUUACAUAUCUUGCAAAAAGUU